UUUCUUAUCAAAUUAUUCAGCAUAUAGUAUCAGUGUGUGCGAGGAUGAUGAGUUCAUUCGAUAAGAUAAAUGCCGCGAUGUUUUAACAAUUGAGAUAAGAAGUGUGAUUAGUCUAUGACAGAAAUUUUGUGUUUAGUUGUGAACAUUUGAACUUGCAAAAUGAGCAAUGGUGAUAUGGUGUUUAAGAUGGAGAACGACAAGAAGGAGUUUUUCAGAAAAUAUUUGGGAUCUCAUAAACGCUGUUUAUCAUCUGCCUAUGGCCAAGUUUGGACGUGGAAGAACAAGGAAAAAACAGAUGAUCCAGCAAUAAAAAUGUAUGCUGGUUUGAUAUCUCUGGUGGAAGAUUUUGGAAGAGUUAAGAGCUAUCAUUUAGAAAUGUUUUGCACAAAUAGAGGUGUUUGUCUGUGCUCAUUCCCGCUGGAGGAAUUGGCUUUUGUUAACAGCCCAGAAGAUUUUCUGGACAUCUAUGAAACAAAGGAACGAAUGGUAUGUGUGAAUUAUACUGAUAAUGUAGAGAAGGAGAUCAUGAAGAAAGCUAUUGAUAAAGCUAAUAGGAAAACGCAAAGGGCUAAAAAAGAUUUGGCGUACGCAAAGAGGAAUGAAGACAUUUAUUUAUUUUUUGAACAGAAGGGCAUCAAAGAAUGUGAUAUUAUAGAUACAAAAACAAGAGCAUAUAUUUUUGAUUUAAUGCAAAAUAAUAGCAAAAAGAAAUUAAAUGCUGAUAAGCAUCACCGUCCCGAGAGAGCUGGUGACACAAAUAGCAAUGAAGAUAUUAAUAGAAUCGAUGAAAUAUUAUCAGAGUUGGUUACGAGCGAUCAAUUAAAUCUUAGGAGUUCACUUAGAAGGAACAAUUCAUUGAAGAGAAAUGAUAAUGCAGCAGUCAAAAUGAACUUAAACAAUAAUUUUUAUCCAAAAUUAAAAACUGAAACUGUUCAUGAGACCAAAUCUAGUCAUAUUAAGAUGAAUCAUGAAUCCAAUUCACAUACUUCUCAAAAUGGAAUAAACAGGGAAGAGCGCAAGGAUGCUUCACAACAAAAUAUAAGAUAUGAUACUCAAAAGCAUGUUAUUUUCAAUUCAUCCCCAAAAUCUGAUUCCGUCACUUACUCUACUAUAUCUCAUUUCAAAGUGGGUGACAGAAAAUUACCUAAUAAAUCAAAUGAUACAAAAGAUGACAGUGAAAAUUUGGACUAUGCUGAUAUUGCACACGAUUAUAGUUCUAUGCCAAGGGUGAUGGAAACAAAAGCUAAAUUUAUGCAAAAGAUUAAAGAUAGUUCUGGAAAAUCAGAUACCUUGCCACUAAAUCGCACGCAGGCUCCGCCUAUUCCACCCAAGCUCAAAAGAAGUGAUUCGCGGCCUGAUCUUGUUACACCUGUUCGACCAACUGUGACUGCAGCUUUGAGAACAAAUUAUGAAAACUACUUUCCAAAACCCGAGGACAAAGUUGCUCCUACUUUACCCAGAAAAAUAGGUAAGCUCGCGAAGGAAAAUAUAGGAUCUCCUGAAAAUUUUAAGCACAUUGGCGGAUUUUCAAAGUGGGAUUGAAUCAAUUAAGUAAUUCAUAAUUAAUCUUAGUAAAUUUUAAUUUAUCGGUAUUUUAUUUGAUU